AUGUACACUUUUAGGGGCUCGCUUGCGCCCUCGCCGACGGUGCGCCGGAUCCGGACCUGGGCCACCGCGGUCUCGCUGUAUCUCGAGGCGGUUCUGUGCCACCUGCACACGCUGCUCUACUUCUUCUUCCUGCACACGUACGAGCCGGCGUCGCGCGCAUGGUGGGACUCGUCCAAGGGCUCGGCGGUGGUCAUCUAUGCGCCGCACAACGACGCCGUCGCGCGCUACGUAGCACUGCGCCUCUCGUCCGGCUCGCCCUCGAGCUUUGCACUCAAGGAUGUGGGGCCUACCAAGCGCAACCCGCGCGCGCCGUAUACGUGCUUUGUGCUGCAUGCCGACUCGGACCAGUUCUCCAUCACCGUCGCACAGUGGGCUGCCAAAAAGGCACGCAUAGAAAAGGCGCUCCUCAAGCAAAAGGCGGGUCGAUCGUCGGAGGGGUCCAGCUCGCCUUCGUCACCAACGUCGACUACGCACACGUUCGAUGGAGAGUCGACGGCGGAUCGGUCCGAACCUUCGUCGCCCAGUCCGACGCCUUCGGCUCAGCUGGGUCCGAGGGGCGAUGAGACCCCACGCGCGAGUAGGAAGAGACCACCGCCGAUUCAGAUCAACCGGCGCAGGAGGAGGUCGCGCAGCUGGUCGGCAUGGGCGACGCCCGAUCUGUUCGGAUACGGCAUCGACAUGCUCAAGGGCUGGAUGCCGGGGCGCAGCGGUCCCAAGGCCACACCGGCAGGGACGAUCAUCCCGAUCAUGGCGGAUUGCCAGUCGGCCGACGGACUGGCCAUGAUCAACUCGACCAUCUCGGCGUACUGCAACUCGCACGAUCUGCUGCUCAGCGGCGUCAUCCUGAUUCCGUCGGUGCUGUGUCCGCGCAAUGUUCCGCUUACAAAGGCGUCGCGGGCCGAUAUGCCCAAGACGCCCGGGAGUGCGUACAGCGACGUGGAUCCGUUCAGCCUGUGCAACCGCGACGUGUGGGGCGAGGUGCGUGCGUCCGCAUCGGGUUCGACGGGACGCUCGGGGGCAGGGCUGACAGGACCGCGCGAUCCGUUUGGUCUGGCACCGGCAUGGCGCGAGGCGUCGGAUCUGGGCGCAUCGGUGGACUCGUCGUUCAAUGCGGCAUCGCCACCGCUCUCGCCUGCGAGUGCGCGCAUCGUGCGCACCCAGGACGACCAACAGGCCGCCCUCCACUCGGCCCUCGCCACGGACGUGGUGCAAUCCAAGGCGCUCAUCAACGUGCUCUUCCCCGCACUCAAGCGCGAUAAAGGUCGCAUCCUCGGUCUGGUCCCCAGUGGCUACGGCCCGGAGCUUCCACACGAUCCAGAUACGCUGUCGUUGCAGUCGCUCCCAUCGCGCAACGGGAGUGGGAAGGCGCGCGAUCGAUCGCACUCGGGUUCGUCGUCUAGUGCCGACGCCACACCGGAGCGCGAUGCGAUGCCGGUGCUCAAGACGUGGCCGGGGGCGGUGGUGAAUACGGUGCGCGAGGCGCUGCGUACGCAGUAUCGCGAGAUGGAGCUCGAGUACAAGCGACGUGGAGGUAGCUCCAAGCAUGUGCAUGUGUCGACGAUCGAAACCAACGCCCUGGUGCGGCUGCCCCAGACGCGGCUCAAGAAGAUGGUCAAGUGGAACGAGAGCGUGCGCUUCUUCAACACGCGCAAGCGCAUCGCAUGGCGGUGGCGCGACCUCUUGCACCCCGCGCGUCUGCUCGAUCGUCUGCCCUUCAUCGCGCGCUUCGGCCGUCUUCGAGGCGAAGACAGCCAAACCUCUCCUCCAGAUGGAGCGAGGUAUGGCAUCUACAUCCCUGCUGAGCUGCGACCUUUCCUGCGCGGCUGGGUUCGACCUCUUACCGAAGCUCGCGAUGAAGACGACAUCUACUCGACCGCUCCUGCCCUCGUCCGAUUGGUGCGUCGCUUGGUCCGCGUGCUGCGGUGGGUUGAACAAUGUUCCAUCCCCUUUGACGAUUUGGCCGAACAUGUGGCGGCAGUAAGUUACCCCGUUGCACUUGGAUCGUCCUGCCCGCCCACACCCGGACCUUCUCAGUCGCUACUGCACCCGUAUACGGUCUCGUCGAAUCACGCCCCUUCUGCCCAUCGACAGCUUUGGUCGGGCACAAGCAAAAAGGUCGACGACGACGAAGAUGCUGCCGACUUUCCGUUUUCCACCGCCAGCUCAGGUCCGGCAGUGACUGUGCUCAAUGUCAAGGCCGAACCUGUGCGUGUGCCCAGGACUUACCCGCGCGAACUGAGCCACCAGAAUCCAACUCCGCUGUUCGAAAGCAUCAGAUCGGCCCUCACCUCGUACCAACCCAGACAAACGUAUUAUCCCACGCUUGCGGGAUGGAUGGCAGCAGUGAUCCACGAUGCCGCCCCGUGGGUACACGAAUGGAUCAAACCCGCCCUCGCGGCUUACCUCCUCCAAUACACCGUCGAGUCCCAGCCUUAG